AUGCCUUUACCAGGCGACCAGCACAAACCGACACCCGCGACGACGAACCCAUUCCUCGAGCAGAAGCAACACAUCACCGAGUAUAGCGCAGCUGAGAUCGCCACCCUCCAAUACCACCUCAACAAGCAGCUAGGCCCGGAAUAUGUCUCGACACGUCCCGGAGCUGGCGGCGGCAAGGUCCACUACUUGGCAGCGGAGAAGGCGAUAAACUUGGCCAACGAGGUGUUUGGCUUCAAUGGCUGGAGCAGUAGCAUUCAGAACGUGCAGAUUGACUUUGUGGACGAGCAUCCGCAGUCGGGCAAGAUCAGUCUAGGACUCAGCACAAUAGUGCGCGUGACGAUACGGGAUGGGACAUUUCACGAGGAUAUGGGCUACGGCCACAUCGAAAACUGCAAAGGCAAGGCGGCUGCUUUUGAGAAAGCAAAGAAGGAAGCUGUGACUGAUGCGAUGAAGAGGGCGCUGAGGAACUUUGGCAACGUGCUGGGAAACUGUCUGUACGACAAAGACUACCUGCAGAGGGUUCAGAAGAUCAAAGUGCAGCCGAGUCGAUGGGAUGCAGACAAGAAUCUCCACCGGCAUCCGGACUUUGCGCCUAUCAAGCAGGAAUCGGCAACUGGAGGUGGCGUUCAGCAGAGAGCAGCGCAGCAGAGACAUCCCAGCGCGCAAAGCAACAACUCGUUUGGAUCUGGGGUGGAGAUGGAAGACGACUUCGGCGGCAAUGCUUUCGACGAGACUGACUUUGAUCAUGCGGAUGGCAUUACAAUGGACGACGUUACGAUGGAGACACCAGAUAAGAGCGCAGCAACUGGGCCAGCCCAUGCAAGUGAACAGCAACAAGGAGUGUCAAGAAUGCAUUCGAUGCCACAGAGGCGACCCCCGAACGUCCAGGCCGCCCAGCCGAUUCAGGCCCCACAGACGGCACAACGGCCACAAGGAGCGCAAAGACCAGAGGCCAACGCUCCUCAAGGCCCACCUCCAGCUCGUAUGCCGCCUCCUCAGCAACCGGUGAAUCAUCCACACACCGGCCAGGCUCCUGCACCUCCUCCGCCCAACAGAGACAGCAAGGCCUCAAAGUCAAACUCAUCGUCAGUGACAGCAGCGGCAGAUACUGCAUCGACACCGGAGGAUUUCCCCAUGUCUGACGCGUUUUCCGCUCCACGGAUGCCACCCCCUGGCAACCCAGAAGGUUUCGUGACUGGCCGGAGUGCAGAACUGCUGAACCAGCCUGCAGGAUCGCGGCCUCCAAAUGUCACCAAGGCACAGCCCUUCAACCCGCACGUCGAGGCGACAACGAUACGCCGGACACCAGGACUCAAUCCGGGUAAGAGUGCGCCAAUCACAAGAUCCACGAUACAGCAGCAGAACCAGAACGGCGACGGUCAGCAGACUCAAGCAAGGCAGCAUCCAGGGAUUGCUGCAGGACCACCAUACCAGCAGCGGCCACAGAGCCCCGCGCCACCUCAUGCCAAUGGAUUGAAUGGUGCCACCACUCCAGUCCGCGCGAACUUCGUCAACCCAUCAGCAGAUACGAGUCGGCGGAUUGGCAUGCCCGGCGGUAUGCAAAACCGCGGAGGAUACAAGCCGCCAACCAGCGUAAACAGUCCAGCUGGUGGUGCGCUUGGCGGGGGUGUCAAGAGGGCACCGUUGACAGACGUGAGCAAUCUCCAGAUGCAGCAGACGGAUGGUCCAGCCGAUCCGAAGAAGCCAAAGCUUGACCACCCAGAGAAGGCGAUGAACGAGGCUGUCGGUGGAGAGCAGCACCAAACGACCGACGCUUCUGCGGCAGCGGUGUCUGCGCAGUAG